AUGUACAAUCAUCACUCUCAGGGCCGAUAUGGGUCUGGUUCGAGAUCGUCCGCGUCCCCCUCGGACUCGAUAGCACCGCAAGGCGCUCUUGGGGCGCUCGCAGAUUGGGCAGCACGCAACCUGGAUCCCGAAAUGCAGACCUCGCCUGUUUCUGUCUACGUCGAACGAUGCUGUCAUCCGGCACUCAGCCAGCCCAACUUGGCGCUCAACCUCGAGCUCGCCGACUACGUCAACCAGAAGAAGGCCAACACCCCUCGUGAAGCUGCGUUCGAGACGGUGCGCAAGGUCAAUUCGCGUAACCCGCACGUCGGCAUGCUCGGGUUGGCGCUGCUGGACAUCCUCGUCAAAAACUGCGGUUAUCCUUUGCACUUGCAGAUUGCAACCAAGGAGUUUCUCAACGAGAUGGUGAAGCGCUUUCCUGAGCGUCCGCCCAUGUUUCCGUCGCCGGUGCAGAGCAAGAUUCUGGAGCUGAUCCACGAAUGGAAGCUCACACUGUGCGUCACGAGCAAGCACCGUGAAGAUCUGGUGCACGUUCGCGAUAUGCACCGCCUGCUCACCUACAAAGGCUACCGCUUCCCCAACGUCGACUCACGCGCUGCUAGCGUCAUGAACUCGGACAACAACCUGAAAUCGCCCGAGGAGCUCGAAGAGGAAGAUCGCGCCGCUCAAGGGGCCAAGCUGCAAGAACUCAUCCGACGCGGCACACCCAAAGACCUCGCACAGGCCCAGGAGUUGAUGAAGAUCAUGUCUGGUGCAGAACCAGAGAACAAGCCCGACUACACCAAGCAGACGCGCAGAGAGCUCGACAAAGUGCAGUCGCGCGCUAUCUUGCUCAAUGACAUGCUUAAUAACGCGAAGGAAGGGGAGAAGUUUGUGCAGGGCGAUGCGUACGAUCAGAUCGCGGGUCAUCUGCGCAGCGUCCAGCCAAGGAUUCAGAAGUGGAUCGGAGAUGUCGAGGAGAGCAGCAGCGGUGAUGCAGCCGCGGGCACGGCAGACAACAUGGACAGACUGCUGCUGGUCAAUGAUCUCAUCAAUCAGGUGGUAGAGCGGUACAAGCAGUUUACGAAGGGCAACUACUCGGCGCAGGCGCAUAUUGACCCAAGCAUUGAUCCGAGCAAAGGUGGUGCAGAUGCGGUGCCAACAGCCAAGAUCACGGACUUGAUCAGCUUUGACGACGACUCGCAGUCGCAGGCUUCAUCGCAGAAGCAGGCCGGGGAAAGCUCUAGCAACAUCAUGGACGACUUUGCAUCGCUUACAUUUGACGAUGCGCCCAAGGCUGCGCCUGCACCAGCACCUGCAGCGGCAACAGGGCUUGGCGGUCUACCGGCGGAUCUCUUCUCCAAUGAUAGCGGCUCGUCGACGCCUCGUUCUUCCGGCACAACUGGUACGCCGUCCAACCCGGGUUCGGGGCUGGGCAACUGGGGAGCGCUGCAGCUACCCACCACAGCUACGUCGACAUCGACCUCUCCACGCAUCCCGCAGACUCAGGCCGAGCCUGCGCAGGCGGCUGCGACGACAAGUCCGAGCUUGUUCGAUAUGCCGGCGCUCAAGCCCUCUUCCAACGCUGCUGGCUCGACGUCAAAUGGUAAACAGCCGCAACAGCAGCAGCAGAAGCCAAAGUCGAACGAUCCGUUUGCAGACCUUGAUGCCAUGUUCAAGUAG